AUGAAUUUGUCAAUUGAAAGAUAUCAAAUAUUAAAAUCAACAAAAAAAAAAAAUAGUAAAACGUAUUUAAUAAAAAAUAAAAAAAAAUUUAUAUAUGAUGAGAAUAAUGCUUAUAAAAUUAUUACAUAUAACAAAUUUUUUAUGAAUAAUAGUAAUAUCACAAAUAAUAGUAAAUUAUUCAAUACAAGCUCAAGAAAUUAUGAAACUGUAUUGAGAAGAAAUAUAAUCUACAUAAGGAAACAAAAGAUAAAAAAAUUACAUUUCUUGCCUGAAAAUUUAGAUUUUUAUAUGAGAAAAAAAUGUACGUAUCAUUCGAAAAAAAGGUUAUCCGAAGAUAAAAGUUUAGAAAAUUACAAAGAAAAUAAUAAAAAUAGCAAUGAUAGUAAUAAUAAUAAGAAUUUAAAUAUAACUAAUAAUAGCAAUAACUAUUUUCCCAAUUCUGAUGAUAGUAGCAAUUUGAACAUAAAAGUAAAAAAGAAAAAUUGUUUAUUAAGAAAUAUUAAAAAUAAUAUAAGUAAUAAUUCUAAUAUUAAAAAGAAAAAAUGUGAUAAUGCUUCUAACUUUGAAAAUGGUAAUUUAAAUAAUGAUACUGAAUUAUAUAAAUUAUCCAGUGAUCUUAUAAAAGAUAAAAAAAAAAAAAAAAAAUUCAAUUAUAUAAAAAAUUAUAAUUCUCAUUACAUUAAAAAUGAUUUAUCAAGAAAAAAAUUAAAAUUUAAAAAUAUAAAUAACAGCUGUUUAUUAGAAUCAAAUCGUAUGCCUAUUAGUAACAAAAUGAAAAAAAAUUUUAAAAUUAAUAAUAAAAAAACUAACGAAAUAUUAUUAAAUAACAAAAAAUUUUUAAAUAUAGAUUUAUCGCUUGAUCAGAAUUAUACUAAUGAAAUUAAUUCUUCUAAAUACUUAAAUAAAGCUUCAAUCAAUAAUAAUGAUAUUAUUCCGUUAGAAAAUAACAAAAAAUUAAUAAAAAAUGAGGUAGAUUUGUCUCUGUUUAAUGAUGAAGAGAAAUAUAGUGAACGGAAAAAUAUAGAAAGUAAGGAAAAUUUAAGAAAGGAUAUUUUUGAGAUACUAUCAAAAUAUAAUUUAAUUUGUGAUAUAAAUAAAUAUUAUGAUAUAAUAGAAAAAAGAAAAAGUAAAAAUAUUCUCAAUUCUAAAAACUAUACAGAUAGUGAAAUAGAAAAAUAUAUGUUAUCUAAAAAUAAAACUAAUGCUGAUAAAGAUAUUUUGGGAGAUUUUUAUAUAAAUAAAUGUAAAGGAGAUUAUUUUUAUAUAAAUAAAGAUAAUACUAAAAACAAUUUUAAAAAUAUUAUAAUAAAAGAUUUAGGUUUCAAAAAAAGGAUCGUUAAUUCAUUUAGAUGCAAGGAUUGUUCAAAUGAAAUUUUAAAUGAGAAAUUAAGAGAUGAUCUUUCUGAAAAUCCAAAUGUAUGUUGUCAUUUAGACAAAAACGUAUAUACAAGUGUUCCCAGAAAUAUUAAAAUUUUAAGUGGAUUUUCUAACUAUGAAAAAGCGUUAAAUGAACAAAAAGGAAACUAUGAAUCUAACUUAAACAACAUUAUAAAUAACUUUAACUUAUUCAUUGAUUAUUCUUCUUUAAGUACUUGUUCAUUAAAUAAUGUAGAAAAAAAACAAAAUAAUAAAAUAAUACAUACAAAUGAAAAUUCUACAAAUAAUGAAAAAAAAAAUUCAGAAAUAAACAUAGAUUAUAAAAAUAUAAAACCAAUAAAAAAAAAUUUCAUAAAUAAAACCACAAUGUGUGAUUAUAAUAUAAAUAACAUAAAUAUGUGUGAAAGCACUACAAUAGAUAAAGAAAAAACUAAGAACAAAGAAAAAUUAAAAAAGAAUAAAAAUUUAAAAAGAAAUUUAGAUAAUGAUUUGAGGUAUAAUUCAAAUAAGAAAGUGAGGAACUAUGAAUAUUCUUUAAUUAAUUUUAAUAUUUAUAAAAAUAAUGUAACUGAUAUAUGUAAAAAUAAUAGUUACAAUACUUAUGUAUUAAAAAGUCUUGGUAAUUCUUAUUUAAAAAAUAAAUUAAAUUGUAAAGAUACAAAAGUAAAAAAUGUGAAUGCUCCAGUGGUAAACACUUUUAAUGGGCAUUCCAAUAAAUUUAAUUCAAACAUAAAGGAUAUAUUUAAUUAUAAAAAUAAGAAAUUCAAUGAAAGCGGAAAUGAAAAUUUUAAAGCUAGACUUAUAAAAAAUGAAAUAAAUAAGAAAUUGGAUAAUACAAAGAUUAUCAUAAAUAGUAAUGAAGAAAACAAUUAUAUGAAGCAAGAACAAAAAUAUGAUAAAAAUGAUAGGGAGAAUAUUGAUAAUUAUAAAAAUGAUAAUAAAAAUGUUAAAUACUGUAAAGUUAAUAACUUUAUUAACACAAAAAAAAAUUCCUUUGAAAAAAAAAGUAUAAAUGAUACUGAUCAUUCAGUUAAUCAUGAAAUCAAUUACGCUCAUUUUCUAAAAGAUAAGAAUAUUGAUAUUUUUGAUUUAGACUUAUAUGAUAUAGUAAAACUACUGGAGAAAGAAAGAAUUGAAAAUUUAUAUAGUGAAGAAGAAUUAAAGAAAUUAUUAAUUCCCGUAAGUGGAGUUUAUUAUGAUGAGAAUAAAAAAAAUUGGAUAUGUAAAUAUAUCGAUUUAAAAAAUAUGAAUUAUGAUGAAUUAAGUAAGUAUUUCUUAUUAAAAGAACAAAAUAACGUAGAAAAUUGGAAAAAAAAAAUAUUUUCUGCAAAAAGUUGCUCAUAUCAUGAAUCUAGACAAUUGGCAUUGGAAUUCAAAUAUAAGCAUGCUAAAAAAAAAUACAAUAUUUUGAAGAAUUUAAGUGAAGAAGAAAAUAUGUUUUUUGAAUCAACUAGUUACUCUACUGAAAAUGAGAAAUACAUAAAGUUUAGAGACAAAAAUAAGCAAGAUAAUGAUAUGAAGAAAGGAGAAUUAAAAAAAGAGCAGAAUGGAGUAAUAAGAGAAGUGGAACAGAAAAAAGAGGAAACAAAAAAAUCAUUUUGUUGUGAUAAUAAAAUGAAGAAUUGUAAUUUAUGUAACAAUACAAAUAAAAAUUUGAGUAAUAUAAAUCAAAUAAAUUUAAAUCAAACAUUAAAAGUAUUAAAGAAUGAAGUAACACAUGAAUUGCAUAGGCCUUUACUAAAUGCUAAUGGGAAUGAAGAUGACUCUAUUAACGUAAUAAAAACUGAUAAAAAUAAGAAUAAUUGCAGCAUAGACAUGAAUAUUAUAAGUAAUAGUGAUAUAACAAAUUUCAAUGAUUGUAAUAAUGUAGUGGCAAGUAAUGAUAAAUAUUGUUUAGUAAAUCAAAGGGAAAAGUUUGACAAUUAUAAUAAAAUUAAAAAUUAUACAUAUGAAGAUGAUCAAUCAUAUAUUAAUUUUGAAAAAAAAAAGAAUUUAUGUAAAUUACUGGGUGUAAACUUGUCAAAUGACAUAGAAGAAAAAAUGAAAAAUUUAUACAAAGAAAAUAUAUUUUAUGAAAAAGAAGAAAAAAAAUGGGUCAUAAAAAUAUAUGAAAAAAAAAAUAACAUACUACUUUAUUUCAAAGAAUUUGAUUGUAGAGUAUUUGGAUUUUUAUAUGCCUGUUAUUUAUGUAUAGAACACAAACGUUUAUAUUUGGACUAUUUUUUAAAUGAAAAAAAUUAUAAUUUUUUGAUCAAAUUAGUUUAUAGGAAUUUUAUAAAAAGUAAUAUAUAUAACACAAUAACUCGACAAAUAAAUUUAAACAAAAAUCAUAAUUAUUCUUUAAAAGAUAAUGAAAUUAAAAGGAAAUCAAAAGUAAAAAAUUCAGAAAAAGAUAAUUUAGAACCAAAAAGUAAAGAAAAUGAAUAUUUAGAAACAAAUACUUUAGAAAAAAAUAAUAUAGAGACAAAGAAUUUAGAAGCAACAUACAUAAAAACGGAUUUCGAAGAAGAAAACUUAAUUUUUUAUAACACAUAUAAUAACUAUACAGAAAAACUUAAAGAUCACAAAAAUAAAAAUUAUAAGAAAGUAGAAAAAGAUAAUAUUAUUAUAGAUGAAAAGAUUAAUCCAAGUAACUUUCAAAAUACAAAAAAUGAAAGUUCUAAUAAAUUAAAUGAUAUUUCUUGUUAUUUAGAAAAAAAUUUUGAAAAAAAUUUUAAAACUAUGAAUCCGGAUUUAAAAUCAUAUCAAAGCAUUAAAUAUACAAAGCAUAAUCAUGAUAUAGAAAAUGAGAAAAAACAAGUUGAAAGUAUUGAAGAGAAAGAAGAACAAAAAGAACCGUAUGUUAAAGCAAUAGAAGAAAAAGAAAAUGGCGAUGACAGAAAAAAAGAAGAAAGUUAUAACUUGAAUACAAAUAACAGUAUUACAUUAAGCUUAAAUUUUGAUAGCAAUAAUAGUGCAAAUGAAAAUAAUAGUAGCAAUAUGGAUGUUAUAAAUUUAAGCAAAAAUUACACAAUAGAAAAUAAUGAAGUUUCAAAUGUUCAAGUGAAGAAUAUUCAUGAAAAAAAUGAAAAAAAGAAAAAAAAAAAAAAACAUUCUUUCUUUUAUAAAAAAACAAAAAAUGUAAGGGAUCCACUAGUAUAUUUAAAAAAUAGCAAUGUAACAUCAGACAUAAUGCAAGAAGAAAAAAAUAAUUUGAUAAAAUUGGAUUCUUAUGUAGAUAUAUUAAGUCAAAAAAGUGAUAUAGUAUCAUUAGCUAAGCAAACUAUUCUUCUACUUUUAAAAGACAUUCUAAAUUGUAUUCCAUUUCAAAUGGCUCCUUCAAUAACUUCUAAAAAAAUUUAUGAUCAAAAAAUCCAAGCUCACAUUAAAUUUGUUUAUCAGUCAAAAAAUCUUUUUGAUUUAAUGCCUUAUUUUUUUAUAUUCAAAAAUAUAAUUAAACAGAAAACUCUUCCUAGUAAUCAAUCAUUAUACAUUUGUAAUGUUUUACUAUAUGCCUUGUUUGAGGCAUAA